UGAUUGUGAAUCAAAAUAAAUACGCGCGUUAACCUCAUUGUUUAGACGUAGUAACUCGUGCGGUGUGUUGUGCACGCUGCUCAUAUUUUCCGUGAUUUAUUGAUAAUUUCUAAUAAAUAACACACAAUGGGAAGGAAAAUUCCAGGAAGAAAACAUCGUGGUGUACGUGACUUCGAUAAACAGCAACAAGAUCGUUUGAAUAAAUUAAAAGACAAAGUUGAUGCACCACCAAUUAAUAAGAAUGACCAAGAAAUACCUAAGAGUUUGGCUCGACUUAUGGAGUUGCGGCAAAAAGUGAAAUCUGGAGAACUUCAAUCAAAAAGUAAAUCAAAGAAGAACAAUAAGAAAAAUUUACCAGUGCAUUUCAAACCAAGUCAAGCUGGUUUGGAUGGGAAUGCUGGACCAGUGUAUAUACAAGCAGCUGGUGAAUCAGACAGAUCAUUUAUGCAAAGAGUUAAUAAAGUGGUACAAGAAGUGAUCAAGGAGAGUUCCUUCUCAGAAAGAUACAAAGUGAACAUCAAGAGAAAUCAGGAGACAGGGGAAGUUGAAGUUGAAAAAAGAGAAAAGGAUCCAUUGGAAUUGUUCUCUGAGCAGUUAAAGAAAGAAAAGAAGGAAUCCAAGGGCAAGAAGAAGAAGAAGAAGCUUGAGGAAAAUGCCAGCAAGGAGCAGAUCAGUAAUACACAAAAGAAGACAAGAAAACUUAAAUUAAAGAAAGAAUUGAAGAGAAAAGAUGUCAUAGAGGAUUUAGUUGAAGUAAGGCAUGAACAUGUUAAAUUUGGAGAGGUUGCACAUGCUCCACCAACACUAGUUAAACCAAAAAAGGUUGCAAAAUCAAUGAAUGCACCAAGGCCUGGGGCGAAAGAUUUGUUAUUGAAGGGUGUUUUUAAUCAAGGAACAAUUAAAAACAGUACAACAAACAAGUCUCCAAUGAAAAAUAUGAAGAAAUCACCGCUUCAAAACAAAACAAUUGACAGAAAAGGCAAAAGGAAGAAUCUACCGGUUGCUUUACGUCGACAAUUGGACAAUCAACAAGCAGAAAUCAUCAAAGCAUAUAAAGAAUUAAAGAAACAGCAAUAUGCAAAAUAAGUAAGUGCUUUUAUAUUUAAUUAAUAAACAAUUAUGAAGCAUA